AUGUCGGAAAGGCAAAAGGGGAAAAACCGCAAGGACAGUGACUUUAGCUCCUGCUCGAACUGCAAGAAAUGGAAGAAAGAAUGCACGUUCAACUUCCUCUCCAAGCAUGUGGAGUCUAAGCGAGAUCAGAGAAGAACAAAGGCCGGCACUACAGCUACAUCCCAGACUCGUCAUCGUUCUCCCCUGCUCAGCUCCCAUGGCGCUAUCGUAGAUGAUAUACUGCUGUCUGCACUAUGGUAUCCUGCCAAUUCUGGAGGCAUGGCUACUCCUACCACGACCUCACAAUUCCUCCCAUUCUCGCCCUCUUCGUCGAACCCGGAAGGCGCACCCACCGACAGGCUAGAAUGUAACGAAUUUGGCGAUGACCAGCUUAGAUCGCCGUCACGGACUGCGAAUAACUCCGAGAAUCUGCAGUUCCCUGUGUUGACUCCACAAUCUGGAAAGCCCGUUAGCGAAACUGACGCCCAGGCCACUUUCCUGCGCCACUCACCUAGUUCGAUUGAAAAUGUCUUUGACACAAUUUCGCAACUUGAAGAGCAAAACCUUGAAAUGAACAUGUUUGAUUCCUCUUCUAUUGAAUUCACGGCUCGGGGGCACAAAGAUUCUCGUCGCAGAUAUCAAUCGUCCCAAAAGUCCAACAAAAGGACAAAGUCAAAAUUUGAGUGCAAUUUUUGCAUCGCGUCCGGCAAUACAGCGGCUGAAUAUGCUCGGUCCACGAUGACACGGAACCUGAUCCGGAUAUAUCACGACAGCUUGGAAAACGCGCUGUCAUGUUGGCUGACAGAGCACAAUUGCCCAUACAGCAAUGCGAUCACCGACGUGCUCCCAUACCGAGAGCACGAGGAAUGGGGGUCGAGCUGGUCGAACAGGAUGUGUAUUCGGGUUUGUCGGUUGGAUCGUGCAUCCUCCCUAGUACGCGGCCGGAGGUUGAGUGCCGACGAGGACAAAGCUGCUGCCCAAGCACUCCAUCUGUCAAUCAUAGCAUUUGCCUCGCAGUGGACACAACAUGCGCAGACGGGGCCAAAUCUGUCCGUCCCAGCAGAUAUCGCUCGUGAUGAACGGUCGAUCCGAGAGACUCUUUGGAAUCAAGCGCGCCACGCGUUGGAGCACUGCAGUGUUAUCCCAUCGUUUCGGAUCAUUUUCGCGAAUAUUAUCUUCUCAUUGACCCAAUGUCCACUGGACGAUGGAGAAGACGAGCGACUGGGUCCGCUUCUGGAGAAUGACCUUGCACCGAUGUUCUUGGAAACUGCCAACCGCCAGCUAUUUACCUUCCGACGUAAAUUGACCAGGCUUCAGCGAGAGGCUCCACCAAACGUGAAAGACCUCCGAAGGGGUUCCAUUGGAUCUACGGUGACCGAUGCAUCAGAGAUACCGAGGUUAUCAGAAGACCCGCGAGUGGAUCCAAUUAUUGCGAGUGACGAAUACCAAACCACGAUGAACCUUUUAUUCUGGUUAGGAGUCAUGUUUGAUACACUCAGUGCUGCUAUGUAUCAGCGUCCCCUCGUAGUGUCCGACGAGGAUAGUCAAAUUGCAUCGGCCGCACCCGCCAUGCUCGAUUACGAAGUCCCCGUCGACCUCAACGGCUGGAAUAUUCCACGGAGCCAAAUGCAGAAGAAACAGGACGUCUGGGGCGACUUCUUCCUCCGUCAAGCAUUCCGCCAAGGCCAACCCCGAUGGCCAUGCUCCUAUGAAGAGGCUGCGUCUGUACUCUCAGAGGCAACCCCAGUCAAGGUCUUGCUUUACCGUCGAGUCACCCAGCUUCAAACCCUCGUAUACCGAGGAGCGGAGCCAGAACGCCUCGAAGAAGUCAUCAAGGAGACUCUCUUGGUCUAUCGUCACUGGAACUGCACUUAUCAGGGUUUCAUGCUGGAUUGCGUCGCUAACCACGAGCUCCUCCCGCCUCGGAUACAGUCGUGGUACGUCAUACUUGACGGGCAUUGGCAUCUGGCCGCGAUGCUUCUAGCAGAUGUGAUGGAAACCGUUGAUCGUGGGCGACUUGGCUCUGAUGCGAAGCGGGAGGCACGGUAUGCUACGGGCUUUGUUUCGAAGCUGAGGAUGGAGAAUGCGUUUGCGGUUGGGGCGCUCGCUCGCUCUUCGCUUCGUGGGCAAGAAUCGAUUGUCCACGGCAAUUUCCAUGAUUCGCUCACCGAAGUGGCUUUUCUGACUGAGCCGUGGACCGUUGUUUUAAUUCACUCAUUUGCAAAGGCUGGAUCCAUUACUCUGGAUGGGUUGAGUAGUAUGCCUGGUGAGCACGGUGCAUUGUCUGAGCGCUUCCGGCAGAACUCCGAGUGCUGUAUCUCGGCGCUUCAGUACCUUGGCAGAAAGUCAGACAUGGCUUCUAUAGUAGCUCGAAAUCUCUCGAGAACUCUAGAUUUGAAGCUUAGCGGCUGGUCGUGA